AUGGAUUCUAAUAGCCCGGCAAGACGCCCAAGGGCUCCCACUAUUACAGUGGAUACAGCAGCUGACGCUGGAAACGACACCGGAUACACAGAAUCUAUCAACGCUUCACCGUCACCGCUCGACGACACAAACACACUAGCUGUACCGACGGAAAAAUCACGGGCCGAGUCAUGGUCAUCGUCGCCGUCCACAAAAGUCGGUACCGAUCACGAACACCUCAGUAAAGAAGUCGAGGCGCUGAGAAAAGGCGACCAGCAGGAGAUUCUCAAGCCGGAUCCCGGUGAGGAGGCUGCUUUUCACGUCGAGAAUAACCCAUUUGCCUUUUCGCCUGGCCAACUAGCCAAGCUCAUCAACCCCAAGAACCUCCCGGCUUUUGUUGCUUUGGGCGGAUUGCCUGGUUUGGAGAAGGGUUUGAGGACGGAUAGCCGCGCUGGUUUGAGCGCCGAUGAGGGAAAGCUUUCGAAUAGUGUCUCGUUCGAGGAGGCUACUUCAACAAACCCCGGAUCACCAAAGGCUGCACCUGCGACUGAGGCUGGACACGGCAAAGAUGCAUUCCCCGACCGUAAGCGAGUCUACGGACCCAACCGUCUUCCCGAGACAAAGUCCAAGUCAUUCCUCGAGCUGGCAUGGAUCGCAUUGCAGGAUCGCGUGCUUAUUCUUCUUUGUAUCGCCGCUGUCGUUUCCCUAGCGCUGGGUCUUUACCAAACGUUUGGAGGAUCACACGAGGAGGGUGGUGCAAAGGUUGAAUGGGUUGAGGGUGUCGCCAUUAUUGUCGCCAUUACUAUUGUCGUCGUCGUUGGUGCUGCGAAUGAUUGGCAAAAGGAGAGACAGUUCCAGAAGCUCAACCAGAAGAAGGAGGAUCGUAUCGUCAAGUUGACCCGCUCCGGAAAGCCUCAGAACAUCUCCAUCCAUGAUGUCCUCGUCGGCGACGUCAUGCUCCUAGAGCCUGGCGAUGUCAUCCCUGUGGAUGGUGUCUUUAUCUCUGGCCACAACCUCAGCUGUGAUGAGUCUUCCGCAACUGGAGAGUCUGAUCUCAUCAAGAAGGUCCCUGCCGAGCAAGUCCUCCACGCUCUUCUCCACGAGCAAGCGCCACAGCUGAAGAAACUAGACCCGUUCAUCGUCUCUGGCGCCAAGGUCCUCGAUGGUGUCGGCACAUUCAUGGUCACUGCAGUCGGCGAGCAAUCCAGCUACGGAAAGACAAUGAUGUCCCUCCGUGACGAUCCUGGUCUGACUCCUCUGCAAGCCAAGCUCAACCUCCUCGCAGGCUACAUUGCCAAACUCGGUAGCGCAGCAGGUGGUCUUCUCUUCCUCGUUCUCCUCAUUCAGUUCCUCGCUGGUCUUCCCAACAAUGACGAAAGCGGAGAACAAAAGGGCCAAUCCUUCCUCCAGAUCCUCAUCACCGCCAUCACCGUCAUCGUCGUCGCCGUCCCUGAAGGUCUUCCUCUCGCUGUUACGCUCUCCCUCGCCUUUGCCACCAAGAAGAUGACACGCGAGAACAACUUGGUGCGACACCUGCAAUCCUGCGAAACCAUGGGAAACGCCACUGUCAUCUGCUCCGACAAGACUGGAACCCUUACCGAGAACGUCAUGACUGUUGUCGCUGGCUCGCUAGGUAUUCGAGGCCUCUUCUCUUUCGGCGAUACCGAGUUUGAGCGAAAGGAGACUUCAGAUUCACCCAGCGAGAAGCGCGAGACCAUCGCUCUUAGCCAAUUCGCCUCCAAGCUGAACCCCGAAUACAACGAGCUUAUCAAGACUGCCGUCACUGUCAACACCACCGCUUUCGAGGCCGAGGAAGACGGAAAGAUGGGAUUCGUCGGAACAAAGACCGAAACUGCUCUUCUCGACUGGGCUCGUCGCUAUCUCGGACUCGGCCCUCUCGCCAUCGAACGUUCCAACCAUCCCGUCACGCAGCUCUUCCCAUUCAACUCUCAGCGAAAGUGUAUGGGUGCCGUCGUCCAGAUCCCCGGUCCUACAAAGGAUAAGCCCAAGCACCGUCUCUUCAUCAAGGGUGCUUCCGAAAUUGUCCUCGGCGAAUGCAACACCAUCCUCGGCGAUCCCACACAGGGCCACACUACUGAAGCCCUCUCCGACAGCCACAAGGAAGAGCUUCGCUCCAUCAUCUUCUCGUACGCUACCAACUCCCUCCGAACCAUCGGCCUCGCCUACCGCGACUUCGAAUCCUGGCCUCCUGUUCUUACUCUCCGACCCGAGGACGAAGCCGACAAGGAAAUCGAUCUUACCGACCUCGUUCACAACCUCACAUGGAUGGGUGUCGUCGGUAUCCAAGAUCCUGUCCGCAAGGGUGUCCCCGAGGCUGUGAAGGACUGCGGAAUUGCCUCUGUCAACGUCAAGAUGGUUACAGGUGACAACGUCGAGACCGCCCGCGCCAUUGCUCUCAACUGUGGUAUCCUUACCGAGGAGACCAUCGACGAGCCCAACGCCGUCAUGCAAGGUCAAGAUUUCCGCAAGCUCAGCGAAGCAGACCGUAUUGCUGUCGUCAAGAAGCUCCGUGUUCUCGCCCGCUCCAGCCCUGAGGAUAAGCGUGUUCUUGUCAAGACCCUGCGAUCUUUGGGUGAGAUUGUCGCUGUCACUGGUGAUGGUACUAACGAUGCCCCUGCGCUCAAGGCUGCUGAUGUUGGUUUCUCUAUGGGUAUCACUGGAACCGAAGUCGCCAAGGAAGCUUCCGAUAUUAUCCUCAUGGAUGACAACUUCUCGUCUAUCGUUGUUGCUCUCGGCUGGGGUCGUGCUAUUAACGACUCGGUCAAGAAGUUCCUCCAGUUCCAGCUUACCGUCAACAUCACCGCUGUCGGUGUCACCUUCAUCUCUGCUGUAUCCGAUGACGAGCAAAAGUCCGUUCUCAACGCUGUUCAACUUCUCUGGGUCAACCUCAUCAUGGACACUUUCGCCGCCCUUGCCCUCGCUACCGAUCCCCCUACUGGAAGUCUCCUCCACCGUCAGCCUGAAGCACGUACUGCUCCUCUCAUCACCAUCACCAUGUGGAAGAUGAUCAUUGGUCAAUCCGUCUACCAGCUCAUCGUGUGUUUCGUUCUUUGGUUUGGUCGCGAUGUAAUUCUGGGCUACGAAGAGAGAGUUGUGCGAUCGCUCAUCUUCAACAUCUUUGUCUUUAUGCAAAUCUUCAAGCUCAUUAACAGUCGACGUAUUGAUAACAAGCUCAAUAUCUUGGAGGGUCUUCACCGCAACCAUCUCUUCAUGCUCAUGAUGGUCAUCAUGGCAGCUGGACAGAUCAUCAUCAUUUUCUUUGGCGGCGAUGCCUUUGUUGUCACUCGUCUCAACGGUGUUCAAUGGGGUAUUUCUCUCGUCCUCGGAUUCCUAUCCAUCCCCAUCGGUGUUCUUAUCCGUCUCUUCCCCGACGCGUGGUUCGGCGCUAUGGUCAACGUUUUGGCCAAGCUCUGGCCCAGCUGGAUCCGCUUCUCCCGCAAGAAGAAGACCGAUAACGAGGAAGAAGGCCAGGAGUCUCUUGAGAAGCUCCAGGGUUAUGACAUGGACACCGCACUCCUUGGCAUCCGUGACGAUCUCGAGUUCCUCAAGAAUGUACGUGGUGGACGUAUGACGGCCCUCAGCGAUGCCAUGGCUCGCUCAAGAGAGAAGAUGCUCCGUCGCAAGCGUUCCGAGUCUCGACCUAGAAGCAAGCUCCGAAGCCGACGGGGAUCAUCAAGGUCUUCCAACAGACCUCCUAUCUCACCCAUGAUGUCUGUUGUGGGUAUGCCAGGUAUCGUUGCUGCCAGUGUCGCAGGUUUACAGCCUGGACAAGGUGCCAGUAACGAGAACCUCGGGCCACGACAGGCUUGA